GGGCCGGGGGGGGAGCGGCUGGAAUUUGGGGAGGGGGCUGAGGGGGCUGAGGGGUCACCCCCCCCACCCCCCCCCACAGCCCCCACUGGGGGUCCCCGCUGCUGGGCCCACCCCCUCCCAGCCCCCUCCCGGUACCCCCCGCCCCCCCCGGGGUUAUUAAUUAGCGCCCUCCCGUCCGGUGGGGUCGGGGACCCCCCCAGCCCCCCCCCCAAUGUAAGAGAAGAAGCGGGGUCGGACCAUGAACAACGCGACGGCUCCUACAGCCCCCGGGCCCGCGGGGGACUCGCUGGUGGGCUACGUGCUGGGCCCCUUCCUCCUCCUCACCCUCCUCGGCGCCCUCCUGGCCGCGGUGAUGUACGUGCAGAAGAAGCGGAGGUUUGACCGGCUCCGCCACCGGCUGCUCCCCAUGUACAGCUACGACCCGGCUGAGGAGCUGCAGGAGUCUGAGCAGGAGCUGCUGGUGGAAGCAGAGGACACCCAGGUGGUGCCUGGCUGGGGGGGACCUUCACCCCAUCGACCCCCACGGAGGGACUGGAAGGCCUGAAGCCAAGUGGAUGGAGAGCUGGGACCCAAUCCUUGCCCUCGGGAGCGAGGGACAACGGUGUCAGUGCCACCACCAUCCCCUGGGAAGGCCGGGAUGUGCCACGGUGGUGACACCAGCAGGAAGCUGAUCCCACAGGACUGACCAUCAGGGGUUACACCUCCCACCUCAGCUCCUAUUUUUGCUGUUUGGUUUGUUGGGUUUCUUUGGGGUUUUUUUGCUGGAACUACCCCCACUAGCUCCUUAAAACCCACCGAGCAGGCCAGGGAGGGUGGGCUCUGGGGGCUUUGCUGAGGGCAGGAGGCAGAGGAGCAACGUUGGCUGGAGCAAAUAAAGAUGUUUCUUCAUUCAGCCAAGAGCCUUGGGCAGGGAGGGGUUUUCUUUUUUGGCUGCCAGACCAGGGGGCCACCCCCACACCCGAGAGGGUUGGCAUCGUGGGUCCCUGUCGUGGCAGCAUCAUGGCUUGGUUUGGUGGUCAAAAGAAGUGGGAGGUUUUUUUGGGGGGGAAUGGUGGGGUUUGGCUUGUUUCUCUUUCCACCAGCAGCUCCUUCCUGUCCCCACGGAGAAUCCCUGGCACUGUCCUGGAUGGAAAAGCUACCUGGAAAACCUCUUCCCACCCCAGCCAGAGCCCAGGCCAGAGGCAUCCAACAUCCAGAAAAUGUUUUAUUCAAGUAACUGCAAACAGGAAACCAAAAGUGGACCAAAAAGAAAAAUAAACCCAAACCAAACCCCAUUUUUUUUUUUUUCUCCCACCGUGCUCGCCCGGCACCGACCUCCAACGUGCAGGGGCAGUGUUGGUGGGAGGGAGCAUCCCAUGGUCCCCCCCACCCCACCAGCCUUUAUCCCUUGGAGCAGCAGAGCAACCUAGUCUUAAAAAUAACAAUUAAAAAAAAAAAACCAAAACAGAGGGGAAAACCAAACAAAAUAACCCCCCGGACCCCAGCGACGCCCCGAAAAAGGAACCAGGGAGCCAGGGAUGUCCCUGGCAGCUGGUUCAGAGAGUGGAACUUAAAUAUCCAGAGGUAGCUGUGAAUGAAAGGAAACCAACAAAAGUACUUUAAAAAAAAAAAACAAAAACCAAACAAA